CAGCCAUUCAUUCGCUCGCUGGGUAAACUGACAGGUUGAUCCAGUGUUUCAGAGAUCGUUGAAUCCCCCCCUUCCCCCUUCCAGCAUGGCUGCAGACUCGAUGGAGAUUGACGACUCUCUUUACAGCCGCCAGCGAUAUGUGCUUGGAGAUAGAGCGAUGCACCAGAUGGCCCAGUCAUCAGUCUUUCUCAGUGGAAUGGGAGGACUGGGAAUUGAAAUAGCAAAAAAUAUUGUCCUGGCUGGGGUGAAGGCAGUGACCCUCCAUGACACAAAGCAGUGUGAGACCUGGGACCUGGGCUGCAACUUCUUUAUUCGCAAAGAAGAUGUUUUAAGCCAGAGGAGGAGGGUAGAGGUGGUGUGUCCUCGUGUUGCAGAGUUAAACCCGUAUGUGCAUGUUGACAUAUCGUCCUCCGCGCUGGACGACAACACUGAUCUCAGUUUCCUCAGAAAGUAUCAGUGUGUGAUUCUGACUGAAGCCAGACUGAAUCUACAGAAGAGAGUCAACGACUUCUGCCAUUCACAGCAGCCGCCUAUUCGAUUCAUCGGCUGUGACGCAUACGGCAUUUGCGUGCGGGUGUUUUGUGAUUUUGGAGACGAGUUUGAAGUGUCAGAUCCCACAGGAGAGGAACCCAAGGAGAUCUUCAUUCAAAAUAUCACUCAGGACAAUCCUGGCGUGGUAACGUGCAUGGACAACCAGCCACACGGCCUCCAGACCGGCCAGAGUGUAAUCUUCAGAGAGGUUGGAGGCAUGGUGGAGCUUAACGGCACGACGCAACAGGUUUCAGUCCUCUCCCCCCACAGUUUUGCAAUAAGAGACACAUCUCUCCUACAACCAUAUGCACAUGGAGGGUUUUUUGUCCUGGUCAAAACCCCGAAGACGUACAGAUUUGAAACAUUAGAGCAGCAGUUGUGUGACCCUCAGGUCCUGAUUCCAGACUUCAGUAAACCAGAGGCCCCACUUCAAAUACAUGCGGCCAUGUUGGCUCUGGAGACUUUCCAGGAGCAGCACAGCAGACUUCCCAAUGUGGGGUGUUUACAGGACGCUGAUGUUCUGUUGAAGCUGACCGAGGAAGUAAAUGCAACCCUUAAAAACAAGGCUCCUGUUAAUACUGAGUUGGUCCACUGCCUGUCCAGGACAGCAAGAGGAACUCUUCCUCCGUUGGCAGCUGCUGUCGGAGGUGUAGCCAGUCAGGAAGUUCUUAAAGCCAUCACAGGGAAAUUUGCACCCCUGCAGCAGUGGCUGUAUCUUGAUGCAGUGGAGGUCGUCAGGCCACUCCAGGCUCUUGCUACAGAGGAGUUCUUCCCCAGGGGCGAUCGCUAUGAUGGAUUACGAGCUUGUAUUGGUGAAUCAAUGUGUCUUGAACUACACAAGCUUAGGGUUUUUAUGGUCGGCUGUGGUGCCAUAGGAUGUGAGAUGCUUAAAAACUUUGCCCUGCUUGGGGUGGGCUUAGCAAAGAGCUCAGGAGAGGUGUGCAUCACGGACCCAGAUCUCAUAGAAAAGUCAAACCUCAACAGGCAGUUUCUCUUCAGACCACAUCAUAUUCAGAAACCGAAAAGCACCACAGCAGCAGAGGCCACCUGUGAAAUCAACCCUGACCUGCAGGUGGAAGCUCAUCUCAACAAAGUGUGUCCGGCUACUGAAAACAUCUACAACGACUCUUUCUACUCCUCCCUCAACCUCGUGGUCACUGCUUUAGACAACGUGGAGGCACGGAGAUAUGUGGACAGCCGCUGCGUAUCCAAUCAGAGACCUCUUCUGGACUCAGGAACCAUGGGAACUAAAGGACACACUGAAAUCAUUGUGCCAAAUUUGACAGAAUCCUACAAUAGCCAUAGGGACCCGCCAGAGGAGGAGAUCCCGUUCUGCACUCUCAAGUCUUUCCCUUCUGUUAUCGAGCACACCAUCCAGUGGGCCAGAGACAAGUUUGAGAAUGCCUUUGUCCACAAGCCCUCCUUGUACAACUCCUUCUGGCAGACCCACUCUUCAGCCGAAGUCGUGUUGCAGCGCAUGCAGACUGGAGAGAGUCUGGAGGGCUCCUUCCAGGUCAUCAAGCUGCUGAGCAGGCGGCCGAGUCGGUGGGAGCAGUGCAUCACUGUCGCCCGCCUGAAAUUUGAAAAGUAUUUCAAGAGAAAGGCUCUUCAGCUGUUGCACUCAUUCCCGCUGGACACAAGGUUAAAAGACGGAAGUUUGUUUUGGCAGUCUCCAAAAAGGCCUCCCACACCUAUUGAAUUUGACUUGAAAGACUCUUUGCACUUCACGUUUAUCGUCAGCACUGCGCGGCUCUUCGCUGGCAUCUACAACAUCUCUUACACAGAAAAGGAUCUUUCCGAAGAGAUGGUGGCCAGGAUCCUGGCGACGGUCAAGAUUCCCCAGUACUCGCCGUCAGAGAAAUGUAUCGAGACGGAUGAGUCGGCGAAGAAGCCCGACCAGAUGAAGAUGCCUGUGAGCAGCGAGGAGGAGCGGGAGGCCAUCGUGCAGCUAGAGGAGGCUAUUGCUACUGACAGAGUCACACCAGAGGGCUUACAGAUGAGUCCACUCCAGUUCGAGAAGGACGACGACAGCAACGGACACAUGGACUUCGUCACGUCAGCGUCCGCUCUCAGGGCCACCAUGUACUCCAUCGAGCCGGCUGACCGACUGAAGACCAAGCGCAUCGCUGGCAAGAUCAUCCCCGCUAUCGCCACGGCAACGGCUGCCGUGGCAGGCCUGGUGGCUCUGGAGUUAAUCAAGGUGGUCGGGGGUUACGAGUUUGAAUCCUUCAAGAACUGCUUCUUCAACUUGGCCAUUCCUGUGAUCGUCCUCACCGAGCCUGCCAUCGUGAAGCGGACGCUCAUCAGGAACAACAUCUACUUCUCCAUCUGGGACUGCUGGACCAUCUUUGGCCAUGAGGACUUCACCCUCUCUGAAUUCAUGAAUGCAGUGAGGGAAAAGUAUGGGAUUGAACCCACGAUGGUGGUGCACGGUGUGAAGAUGCUUUAUGUGCCUGUGAUGCCAGGACACUCGAAGAGACUAAAGCUGACGAUGCAGAAGCUGAUCAAGCCAUCGGUGGACCGACGCUACGUUGACCUCACCGUAUCGUUCGCCCCAGAGGCAGACGGAGACGAGGACCUCCCCGGUCCCCCUGUCAGGUACUACUUCAGCCCCGGGGCCGGGACGCCCUGACACCGCCUGAGACGACGCCCUCAGGCCUCCUGUGUCCUUAUUGCCCUUCUUUCAUGUAAAUUGUCGCCCCACCCAGAAAGCUAGCGCAGGGCCGAGAGUUUUCCCUCAGGAUGUUAUAAGAUAGAGGCAAAGCUCGUGGCCCCGGCUCAAACCCCGCCCCCCCCCCCCCAACCACCACCACCUUCAUGAAGCGAGAAAGGCCCGCUGUGGCCCCACAUUCUCUUGCCUCAAAUCUAGCCAGUGGAACACAAGGCUGCUGAAGUAGCACUGUAAGUGUACCUGUGUACAUAUGUUUUCUCUGUUCUUUUUCUACUCCGGUGAAAUGCACAGCCCUGCCUGUGGCGAUGCCUUAAUUGAUUAUUAAUCUUUUUUUUUUUUUUUUUGUGGCCGUGAGUCUGAC